AAAUUUUACAUUCACAUUUUAAGUCUAAACCUCAACCAAAAGCCCCGCAGUAAGUCUCAUUCCGGUCCCCCCUCAUUCGCUCACCCAAGUCUCUCUCUCGUCUUUCCCUACCCUUAUACCUCCGGCCUCGCCCGACCUCUGCCCUCACCUUACUCUCUCCAUUUUUUCUCAGCGACAGCUAAAAGAGCACGGAAACGGCAGCGGCAGCAGCCCCUCUCUCUCUCUCUCUCUCGCGUUUUGGUAACCUCUCAGCCACUCAGGCACCAAUAGAGGUAAUGGACAUUCAGCUUCUACGUUUCAAUCAGAGUAGCUAUUUGCUUAAUUCCAAUUCCAACUCUUCGCUGCGGUUUCGAGUUACUAGGGCUAAUCCUAAGGUCUCACAUCUUCAGUCUCAUUGCUCUUCCAGAGGUGGGUUCGGGUGUAAGGGGAUAAAGUGUGCAAUGAAGUCUUAUAAAUUGUCAGAACUCUCUCUUUCCGAACUUGAGAACCUCAAGGCUCGUCCUCGAAUUGAUUUCUCUUCAAUUUUCACCACUGUCAACCCCAUUGUCGAUGAUGUUCGCAAAAGAGGUGAUUCUGCAGUUCGAGAGUAUACAGCAAAGUUUGACAAAGUUGAUUUGGAUAAGAUGGUUGUAAGCGUUUCUGAGCUUCCAGACCCGGAGCUUGAUCCUGUUGUAAGAGAAGCAUUUGAUGUUGCAUAUGACAACAUUUAUGCAUUUCAUUUUGCUCAGAAAUCAGCUGAGAGAAGUAUAGAGAACAUGAAAGGUGUGAGAUGCAAACGAGUGGCGAGAAGUAUUGCCUCUGUUGGUCUUUAUGUUCCUGGGGGAACUGCAGUUUUACCUUCAACUGCUCUGAUGCUUGCAAUUCCUGCGAAGAUUGCUGGAUGUAAAACUGUUGUUCUAGCAACUCCCCCAAGUCACGAUGGCAGCAUAUGCAAGGAAGUACUAUAUUGUGCCAAGAAGGCUGGUGUCACUCACAUCCUUAAAGCUGGAGGCGCUCAGGCUAUAUCUGCCAUGGCAUGGGGAACAGAAUCAUGUCCAAAGGUUGAAAAGAUAUUUGGCCCUGGAAAUCAGUAUGUUACAGCUGCAAAAAUGAUUCUCCAAAAUAGUGAAGCCAUGGUGUCAAUUGACAUGCCUGCGGGUCCUUCUGAAGUUCUUGUCAUUGCUGACAAAUAUGCUAGCUCUGUCCACAUAGCAGCUGACUUACUAUCUCAGGCUGAGCAUGGCCCUGAUAGUCAGGUAGUUCUUGUAAUCACUGGAGAUGGUGUAGAUUUCAAAGGUAUCGAGGAUGAAUUAAAGAAACAAUGCAACGACCUACCUAGGGGAGAAUUUGCUGCCAAAGCACUUAGCCACAGCUUCACCGUAUUUGCUCGUGACAUGGUUGAGGCUGUCUCCUUUUCAAACUUGUACGCUCCAGAGCAUCUAAUUAUCAAUGUUCAAGAUGCAGAAAAAUGGGAGGGUUUCAUUGAGAAUGCAGGUUCUGUGUUUUUGGGGCCGUGGACGCCAGAGAGCGUGGGAGAUUAUGCAAGCGGUACGAACCAUGUCCUUCCAACAUAUGGUUAUGCGCGGAUGUAUGGUGGUGUGUCUCUAGACUCCUUCCUCAAGUACAUGACAGUUCAGUCUUUGACAGAAGAGGGCUUGAGAAAGCUUGGUCCACAUGUGGCAACAAUGGCUGAAGUUGAGGGUCUGGAAGCGCACAAGAGAGCCGUAACCCUUAGACUUAAGGACAUUGAAGCCAAACAAGUUAGCAUGAGAUGAUAAUUUGUAACUGUUCACCAAUGAUAAAUUUAUCAUUUGUGUUUUGUGUUGUUGUAUUUAAGGAUUUUAUAUUUUAUGGAAGUUUUGUUAUUUUGUUUUUUGAACAUUUAAUGUAAUAAUCAAUGACACUACAUGAUGUAGAACAUUGGCCUUCAAUUAUAAUGGUCGGUGUCAACCUGGAUUAUGUUCAUAACCUUUGCUUUCACUGGGAGAAACGAAUAUAAAGUGAAUCAAUCAUUAUGAAUCUA